AUGAGUUUCCUAGCCGACUGGAUGCCUUUAGACCCACUCAUGGAUGAGGAAAUAUUUAGCAGAGGAGUCAGUGUGAAAGAAGAUUUUAACUACGAUGUCACGAGAGACAUACAUGAAGCAAAUGCAAAGGAUUCAUGUAAGGUGGUUCACAAUCGUAAUAUGUUAAAAGCACCAUCUGUAACUGAGGAAUAUGGAUACAAGUGUCCAUCAGAUGGGGAUCAGACUAUACAAAAGGGAAUUCUUAAGGAGGACACACAACUAAAAGUGAAAGCCACAUUGAAUUGUUUUGUGUGUGAGGUUUGUAGUAAGAAAUUCUCUGCAAAGAGCCAUAUAACCAUUCAUAUGAGAGUUCACACAAAGGAGAAGCCAUACAGUUGGGAUAUUUGCAAUAAUGCCUUCCCAUCUAAAAGUGAUCUAGUAAAGCAUAUCAGAGUACAUACAAAGGAGAAGCCAUACAUGUCUAGUGAUCUUGAGAGUACAUACGAGGAGAAACCAUACUGCUGUGAGAUUUGCAUAAGGCCUUUACAUAAAACUAAACUAGUGACAUAUGAGGUACAUACAAAGGAAAAGCCCUACAGUUGUGAAUUUGCAACAAAGGCUUUCACAUAA